AUGCGGCUCAAUACAACGGCUCUUCUGCUAAUUUUCUCGAUUUUGAUUCCGGCAUGUGUCGGCGUUCGAGCAGCCAUUCGUUUAAAGAAAAAGAUGAACUCUGGCGAUUCGGACGAGCAGGAUUACCAAGAUGAUAUCGAAGAUGCCAUAUAUGAUAAGGCGAGCAUUUUCGAACAGGGAGAAACACAUGACUUUCUGCAAUUCUUGAGAAGUAUUAAAUACGAUCAUAGGCAGGUUCCUGAUGAUGAAAAUGAUGGACCUGUUAAAGUAAAUGUAUCAAUUGUUGUGAGCAACAUUCGUUCGGUGUCUGAAGUCACAAUGGAUUACUCGAUCGAGAUGUUCUAUCGGGAGUCUUGGCGAGACCCGAGAUUGAAAUAUAGCAAAGCAAAAUUCAAAAACAAGACUGAGAUCUCACUUCACGAGAGCUAUUCAAACUUCCUUUGGCAUCCUGACACGUUUGUGCCGAACGCGAUAUCCUCGAAAAAUCCUCGCCGACAAUCGAUCACCCAUCGUUCUCUUCUUCGACUUCGAAACAAUGGAAGCAUUCUCUACAGUCGUCGAUUAUCGCUGAUCCUAACCUGCGGAAUGGAUCUCACGCUGUUCCCAUUCGACUCCCAAUUAUGCAAAAUGGGCUUUGAGAGCUAUGGAUACACUGCUGACCAGGUUAAAUAUAUGUGGUCUCAAGGCGAAAUCCAGCCAUUAAUUCUUCACAAAAUCCGACUACCCGACUUCCAAAUAGGCGAGGCUUAUGUGACAAAUCGUGUCGAGACCUAUGCAACUGGCGAGUAUUCCCGCCUUUAUGUCUGUUUUGUUUUCAAUCGAGCUGCUGGCUUCUGCUUCCUUCAAUUGAUCAUUCCAUCAACUGCGGUGGUCAUCACCUCAUGGGUCUCGUUGUGGAUGGAAAAUGAGACCUCAUUCCAGGAUAUGAUAUCGAUUAUUCUAACUAUAACAUUCCUGUUGUUCUCUUAUAAUGAAGUGAUGCCCAGAGUGAGUUACAUCAAAGCAAUGGACGUCUAUUUAGGGGUCUGCUUCUGCAUCGUCUUCUUGUCCCUGAUCAAGCUGGCAGUUGUGAAAUAUAUGCGCCAACGUCUUCUAAUUACAAGAGAUACUUCGAUUGUCGCUGCCGGAAUGCUGCCAAUGCUAAAGAUUGUCAAUGGAAUCAACUCGCCAGAAGCGCAAUGCUGUCAUGAAUCCAGAUAUGAUAAUCGAUACAAGCCAUCGUCGUUAGCUCCUCCAGACGUCUACACGCCAGUCGAAUACCCUGAUACUCCGAGUAUUUGUAGACAAAAUAGAGCGAAAGAUGACGUUCCAAAAUCUAGCGGCUGCAUCGAAUUCUCACCAACGUUCAUGCAUAGAUUCCACUGGAUUACGCAGAUGCUCUUCUUCAUUGGAUUCGUGAUAUUUUGUCUUUUCUACUUUUUAGUUUAUCCAAAUAUUCAUUCGCAGACAACCGAUGAGGAUUGUGAUCGUCAAAUGUCGGAAUGGUUUGCGGAAAUUCGCUGA